AUGAGUGACUUAAGUUACAAACUUUCUGGACAACAACUGCUGCGACUGACCUUGGAGGACUUGGCUGUCUGCCUUAUCAACCAUGAUGAUCCAUUCCUGUAUAAUUGUCCAUCAACUUGGAAAAAAUGUCAAGAAGAAAGUUUUGAUGCAGAUCCUGAAAUGAAAGAGUUGAGAAAUAUGGCACAGGCAUCGGAAUCCAAAGCAAAUGGACUGAGGAAUAAGAAAGCUUUGGCUAUGACAGAUGGUAGAGCACAGGCAGAGAGUAUAUCAUACAGACAGAUAAUACCCCAGAUGAGCAUCCCAACUGUCAGUGUUCCACAGGCCGAGACUUGGUUGAGAAAUCACUUUGAGGAACAGGCCCAUACCAGUGUAGCACGUUCUGAUAUUUACAAUUACUAUGUACAGCAUUGUGACCAUCUAUCCUCAGCCCCCUGUAAUCCUGCUAACUUUGGAAAAGUUGUCAAGGCUAUUUUCCCAAAGAUAUGUACAAGACGAAUUGGUGUCCGUGGAAAGUCUAAGUAUCACUACUGUGGGAUUGGACCUAAAGAUGGUGAUGAUGGUCCUUUGGUGUUGGUCAGUACUGGAAAGAAUAAGAAGUGCUUUGCCUAUGAAACUAGAAUGGACAAGAAAGAUAAUCCACAGACAACAACGAAAUCAUCUUUAUAUCAUAGAAGCCUAAAAGCCACAGAUGAAGACAAGAGGGAGCUGCAGGAGUUACUCCAGCCUUACCCUAAUACUUGUGACUAUCCUGGUCUUCCAGUGUCGCUGACAAACAUUAUGGGGGAAUUCCUGGCACUUUACAAGGCUCACUGCGUGGAGAUUCUGGAGCGUAUCUUAGAGGCACAUUUCUAUGAGGUGCGUGAUGUGAUUGUGGAGUUCUGGAGAAGACUGCCACUACCGUUCAUCACAUGUUCCCUGAUGACAUAUCCUGUAGUGAUGGAGGCCAUUGUCGCAUAUGAUCAACUUACUUAUCAAGCUAUUUGUAAAAUCCUGUUGCCAGACCCAGUUCAGCCCACACCUUCAGGACUUGUACAGUUUAUAAAGGACUUCAUUGACAAUCUGGACUUUUGGAUUGUCGAAGGACUCCAUAUGUAUCCAAAGAGACUGCGUGAACAAAAAAUGGAAGCUUGUUGUAAGUUCCAGUCACUGAUGACUCAAAAACUCCAGCUCUCCUGGACUAGUACUGCCAUCAGAUUUGUUUUUCAAAAUCAUGAAUCAGUUGGUCGCCUCCAGCAGGCCCUCCAGGAACUAGACAUAGAGGACAUUACAGCACGCUGUAGCCAUGGCAAUGUAGACGAAGAUACUGUCAGACAACACCUUGGAAGGUUUCAACACCUUUUGAUUAACAACUGCGAUCUCGAGGAUUACAUUGAAUGGAUUGAAACAAUCAUCCUUGACCAUCUCCAUGAUAAUGAGGCUACUGGUACACCUGCAGAAGAGGCAUCAAAACAACUGUUGUUGCGGUGGUCAUAUUUAUCUGGGCAAGUCCUGCUCCAACUAACCCUGGCAGCCAGUCAAACACUAGGUUCAUUCCAUUUACUUGACAUUCUGUUCAAGGAUUAUGCUGUAUAUUAUCUUCACCAUGUCCUGAGCGUGCAGUAG